CACUUGGUGUUCUCUGCUAGGAACAUUGUUGCUGUCCUUGAUAUGCUUCAUCUGUGUUUUGUGAAACUGUUUAUUGAAAUCUUCUGGCUUCUUAUGGCUUGGAAUGCUGGGAGUGUAGGCUGGAGUGGAGAAUACUUGCAUGUCUCCUGAAAGACACUUGCUUUAAACAAAUAGCAUCAUUGUUUGAAGACUGUAGUCAGUGUUGUGGCCACUCUCAGCUUCCUGUUAAAAUAUGUAAAGAUGUGAAUUGGUACUGGUUGGGUUAUCUGAAGCUCCCGUUUGAAGCAAAGGAAAAAGAUGUGCUUUCACCCUUCUGCCUCAAGCUUUCUAGUUGUGUGAACACGACUGGCGUUCUAUUACUGCUUACGAUGAGGUGAUCUGGGAAUAAAGGAUUUCGCUCAAUGAGGACCAAAGCUGUAACUAGCAUUCAUGAUGGGACAAGAAAAAAAACCUGGAAGAAGGGUUCAGAUGCUGAGCAGGAUGCUGCUAUCAAACUAUCCAAAGAGCGAGCCGACAUAGUUGCCAAGUAUGACAGAGGACGGGAAGGUGCACAGAUUGAACCCUGGGAAGACGCAGACUACCUUCUUUACAAAGUCACCGAUAGAUUUGGUUUCCUACAUGAAGAGGAGUUACCUGUCCAUGAUGCAGCAUCAGAGAAGCAAAAGCAGCUUGAAAUUGAAAGAACUACAAAAUGGCUGAAGAUGCUGAAAGGCUGGGAGAAGUACAAGAACACUGAAAAGUUUCAUAGGAGAAUUUAUAAAGGAAUUCCAUUGCAGCUGAGAGGCGAGGUCUGGUCCUUGUUGCUUGACGUCCCUAAAAUGAAAGAAGAAAUGAAAGACUAUUAUAAUACCUUAAAAACCCAAGCAAGAGGGACAUCCCCAGAUAUCAGACAGAUUGAUCUUGAUGUAAAUCGGACAUAUCGGGAUCACAUCAUGUUUAGAGACAGAUAUGGAGUUAAGCAACAAUCUUUAUUCCACGUUUUAGCUGCAUAUUCUGUAUACAACACGGAGGUUGGAUAUUGCCAGGGGAUGAGCCACAUCACAGCUUUACUCCUUAUGUAUAUGAAUGAAGAAGAUGCCUUCUGGGCCCUGGUCAAAUUGCUCUCAGGACCCAGGCAUGCUAUGCAUGGUUUUUUUAUUCCUGGUUUUCCAAAGUUGUUGAGAUUUCAAGAGCAUCAUGACAAAAUAAUGAAGAAAUUUUUAUCUAAGCUUAAACAGCACUUUGACUCCCAGGAGGUCACCACGAGCUUUUACACCAUGAAGUGGUUUUUCCAGUGUUUCCUUGACCGUACUCCCUUUAGGUUAACCCUCAGGAUCUGGGAUAUCUACAUACUUGAAGGAGAACGGGUUCUCACUGCAAUGUCUUACACCAUUUUGAAACUGCACAGAAAACACCUGAUGAAAUUGGAAAUGGAAGAACUGGUAGAAUUCCUUCAGGAGACACUAGCCAAAGAUUUCUUCUUCGAAGAUGACUUUGUAAUAGAUCAGCUUCACAGCUCCAUGGCGGAACUGAAGCGAGCAAAGCUGGACCUGCCAGCAGCAGGUAAAGAUGAUGAAUUUCCAAAAAUGAAGUUGGGGAAAAUUCCACUGGAGCCCCAGGCUGCUGUGCUAGAUCUUACUCAGCUGGCCAAUGGGCAGAGCAGUACAAGUGUAUCUGAUAGUGCUCAGUCCCCGCAUAGGACAGGCCAAAAAACACCUCCUGAAAAAGUCCAAGAAAGCUCACCAAACCACCGAAGAAGACGAAAUUCUCUGGAAAAGAAGCCUUCUUUCAGACACCCUAAAGCUGUAGCAGCAAUGGCCCAAGGUGGGUUGCCAAAGAAGGACAUUGAUAACAACAGAAAAAAGCCUGAAAGUGAAUCGGAAGCCGACUCGAAGCAAAACGACAAUGUAGCCGCCAACCAAAAUUCCAACGCGACUUCAAAUGUAGGAAUUGUCCCCAGGUGGAUUAAACCAUCUGAUAUCAAAAUCAUUGAGAAAACAACAAAACUCACCAAGGAGCUCAAGAGUCGAUCUGCAAACCAUGCCAGUUCAGGAGCUCCCCCCAGUCCUGGAGGUGACACACAGUUGUUCACUGUAAAGCAAAAGAAGAGGGUUUUGGAUGUUGAUGAGGGUAAGCGAGGGUCAAAUGCCUCCCAGUAUGACAAUGUUCCUGUUGCUGAUCUAGAGAACGAACUGUCUCUGGAUGAGUUGCUAGAAAGGGCUGUCCCACAGAGUCCAAGAAACACGGCUUUCUCGAGCAGUUCAAGGAAGUUGAUGGAGAAAGCAUCUAGUCCACCAAAAAUAUCCAACAGUUAUGCCUUCAGCUCUCAGCCAAGAAUACUCAGAUACUCCUCUCAAUCUGAUGGGGCAGAUUUUGGACAUCAUAUCAAACCACCACCACCAUCUUAUAGUAACCCACCCGUUUACCAUGCAAAUUCCCCAAAGCACGUUACCAGCACAGUUCAUUCCGGCUUCAUUGCCACACAGUAUAACCAUGGGAAUCAAACCAACUCCCCCGGUCGACCAUAUGUCACUAAUUUUCCAACAGAGAUGUUUACUGAUAAACCCCAUAUAAAUUAUUCUGUCAACCACCAAAAUCUCGUCGUGACACCUUCUAGUCGAAUAGAGGUUCUCCCAGCUGACACUUAUGCAAGCAAUCCUAAAUCGCCAAUAGGCAUCAGGUUUGUAAUACCUCCAGCGGAUUAUGUGCCAGAAAACAGAAAGAGGUCGGAUCCUGCUUAUAUGUACAGACCGGACGCUUAUCGGCCAUCCUGGAGUCAAGAUGGUAGCCGAAGCUACUUGAGUAACUUGAAGAGAAAUCCGCCUUUUCAAUCAACCCCUGUUAAAGAUCAUAACCUCCCCACAGUUUCUGUGGAUAGCCCUAUAAGAUACAGGACUUCCCCAACCUCAGAAGAACAUGGCUCACCACACUUUCAGCAUCCAGGUCCCCCAGGUCUUACCCGCCACUACAGACACCAGACUGAUGGAUUCUCUAUGCACGAAUCAGUACUGCUGUGAGAAGCAACACAUGACCUAAAGGACAGGAGAAGUACAUGCCAGAAUCACAACGCUUGGGUUGGUAGUUAUCCAAGCUUUAGUAUUCUUUAUACAGGACAAUUCAUUUAACGCAUACACAAAAUAACACUAUUUCACAGCUGCGUUAAAUGUUAACAAAAGCUGACAAGCAUUGAAUAGAGCAGGAAAACGCAGAUUAUUGUAAACAUAGCAAUAGGGUUCUAUGUCCAACGACCAUGGUGGGCCGUUGCUGCAUUUACGUAGCUUGCCUGGGAAAUGACUUGUUGACUAAACCUUGUAAGGCCCACUUUUGUAAGCUGCUUGUUGACUGACACUACAAUCCGUUUGUGUGUUUACUUGUGACGGGAGAAUUGCAGAGUCUGGAAUGGAGGCAUGCAUAUUCUUGGAGAGCAACCACAGAAUACUUGUUUUUAUUCAAUUUUAUUUUUGCUAACUUAAUUUAUAAACCAUCCAUUCACUUGGGAUGUGGAGGUUUCCUGGCAUUCUUACAUACACUGCCUCUGGAACCCAGGAGCAAUGGGUUAUCCAAUGCAAUCUUGAUAUGGGGAUGUCAUUGCCCUGGCUCAGCUGGAAAGGAGAGGUUGGGCAUCCAAAGCAAAGACAUUCUGAUAUGGCCAAUAAAUGGUGCUUACAAAAAUCAGGACUGUCUGAAUUGUAGCGUGUCUCUAGGGUGUCACUUGAGUUUGAGCCCAUCAUCCAUAGUCACAUGUCCAAAGGCAGUUCUGCAGUGAUAGUUUUCACCUCAAGUUGUGUGGGGGGGGGAGGGAGAAAGACAGACAGACUGACAGACAGAAGGGGGGGGGCAGAAGUGCAACCCAGGGGAAUCUGUGUGCGUUCCGCACACAGCAAAGCUAAUAUACGUGACUGUCAAUAUAUCCUCCCGUAAUCAUACAGGAAACUUCUGCAACUGUUCAGAAUGUCUGUGUGACUGCCUCUGGGGUGGCACUAGCCCAUCCACCACUUUUUGGCGCCUUGGAUUUUGCUUUUGCAUCAAGGCAUAGAUGCACAGAGCCAGUGCAUGUGCGCCCAGCCUGCAGAAGUCCUGCGCCUCGGUCUGUCCCAUUUGCGCGGUUUUUGCCCAUAUGGCUUGGGCUAUACAAAUGUAGGUCCCUGUGCCAAUGUGAAAACACCAACAAGUGAGCAGCAGUUGGGUGGGAGGGCAUGCUAUGAGGGAGGCCAGAGCGAUCCCAAUCUUGUCUGGAGCAGGCAUUCUGAACAUUGGCACAGGCUGCCCAUAACCUGUUAAGCAGAUUGCUUUUGAGCACAGCAGCUGCCUAUCGGGCACUGUUGUGGACGCACAAAGGGGCCAACCAAGUACAACCAAGAAGGAAGAAAAGUAUCUCCCGUUAAGCAUAACUUUCCUAGAAGCAAAGUCUCUCAUCUUUAUCCUCAUCUCUGUCGAGGAAGUGUUGACCCCUUGAAAAUACCCUGAGAGUUUCUGCAAUGAUUAUUAAUAUAGGACUUCUGUCCUUCACAAUACAUCCCAAGAAAUGAAGGGACUUUACCGCUCUUGGUUGCACACCAUUGAUGUUGCCUUUUCUUUGUGUCUUGUCCUGGGGCUGCCCUUUUGGAUCAUUGCAUUAAAUGUUGUUUUGAAGACACCACGGACACAAUCCGCUGGGACUGGCUUGAGUCUCAUUAACUCCACUGAGGCUUGCCCAGGGGACAUUUCUGGUGGAACAUACUAAACAUCUCCCCAUAACUUAUGAUCCACCAACUCCAAAGCACCCCUUGGACCACAUAUAGUGACCUGCCGGACACUAACCAACCUCUUCCUCUCUCUUUCUCACAUUUACCCUGUUCUUACAGUCCUAAUCAGACCUCAAAAACAGGAGGCUGCUCAAGCCACUGGAGGACUACAGAGCAUGCCUGGUGGCUUGCAAUUGACUUGGGAGCAGCAGGUGUUCUGCAGGCCUGGGCUUUGCAGCUCAAAUCCCACCCCCACCCGCAGCCCAAAUCUCACAGCAUAGCUGUGGUUCUGGACAGGCAAAGGCAAAAGGAUUGCAGAGCUUUGAUUUGGGGAAUCCAAAAGGUUGCUAGUUCAUAUCCUGGCUGGAUCGUCUUGGGACAAUGUUUGAAUGAUUUGACUUUCUCCCCCUCGGUACCCCUGUCUAUUUGCUGUCUUCCCCUCCUCACAUGUGCUUCCUUGUUUGUUCCCCUGACGUGCUCAAGCAUCUUACUUUUCUUGAGAGCAAUAGAUUUAAGCACUUGAUUGGGCUCGUGCUGCUGUGCCGUCGAGGCCCUUAAGAGGUUAUUGUAGGGAUGAAGUCUAAUGCUGAAGUGCUCCCUCAUUGUUAAUAGGAGGCCAGCAAAUGCAUUGUAACCGAAUGCUUUCUCAUCAGUGCCUGCAACCUUUCUGCGCUUGCUUUUUUCCUCCGAUAUUUUGCAUCUGCUGGCAGGGCAAAGACAGCAGGGAGAGAUCCUAUAAAACAUCCGCAGGAUUUCCUGCGAGGGCGAUGGCCUCUUCAGGUGCUUGGCAAGUUGCCACUGUGGCCACAAGCCAAAGCCCCACAGACUGUCAGUGGCUACAUGUGGCUCUGUGGGAGCCAUGGCUGCCCUCAGGGGGUGGUCUGCGGUGCGUAGAAAGGGAUGAUGGAGCGCCCCUGCUUUCUCAGAGCUCCAUCGGCACAAACCUGGACGCUGUCACUCCUUUAGGAAUGCUCGGUGAUCUGAACCUCACCAGCAUGGAUGUGAAUUCAAGGGGGAGAGGCCUCGACCCAUGUCUGAGGUCUCUGGGAGCCAAAACAGAUAUGAGUCGGGCAACGUGAGGCGGGGUUAGGGGAGAAUUUGCCUUUUCCCUUCCCAGUGGUGUUUACAGCAUUGAUGGGGCAAUUGUGAUUGGAGAAAUCACCUGGGGGAGUAGAGCAAAACACUCUCUGGCAGAGCCACUGCCCCAAUCAUAUUUGGAACCCCCUGCACAGCUGCUGUUUAAGGCCCCCCCCCCGCAGCCCUAGCCACAGGUCUCCCAUGUCACAUCUGACUUGGCUCUAAGCCAAGGUGGCCACCAGGGGUCACAUGUUUCAGUGGGCCAGGCAGCCCCAUCGGCACUUGGCCUUAUGACUGCACUAAUAUGCACAAUGGCAUUAUCACACACUACAGAGCCGAGAGCCCCAGGAAGACCCAACUCUAACCCAGCAAAUGGCAUCACCUUUGGUCCUCCUAAUUCCCCAUUAGCAGACAAAUGCAUGAGCACCAGCGCACGCACACAUACACACCCCAGGAGCAGUUUGCUAUUUGACCUCAGGGCAACGCUGCGGUUUGACCCAUGGCCUAGGACCAAACUCCCUGAGCUGCAAUGCUGUCUGCCCCAGGCUCAACAUCUCCGAUGGAAGAAUGCUUCUCAAACCAAGCACUGGUGGGCUCUGUUGCAAACACAACGGACCUUUGCUCACCAGGCAUCCUUUUUAUCCGUCGUUUGCUUUGCACUGACAGUGACGAUUUUAAGUACAGCAUGGAUAAUGCUUCCCUCUAAAUCUGGCCUGUGGAACUUGUGACCCAUCGAGCCGAUUAGUCCCUGUCCGCUGUGUAGUUUGGCCUGCCAGGGGCUUGCCCCCCCCCCCAUCUUUAGGCAGUCCCAAACCAAGAGGUCUGUCGAGACCCCCGUGGGCCACCCUAGACGGCUGCUGGGAUGAUGCUUUUGGUUUGGUGUAUCAUGAGUUGCACAGAGCUCCUCUACAUAAUGUCCUUCUGUGCCGAAGCUCGCUGCAGGUUGGCGCUGUUAAUGUUUCAUGGUACCGAAGUAUUUUAAAUUUAGUUGGGGGGGGCGGGGCGGGGGAGGAACUGAAGUAACAUUUAGCCAAUGUGACAGAUGUUUUCUGUAUAUAGCAAGUCUGAUGUAAUGUUUAAUUAAGUUGGCAACUGACUUUAAAAAAUCCAUGCGGAAAUGCAGCAAGUAACAGCAGCUGAGUUCUGCACGGGAGAAGAGAAGGUUCUAAACCCAGGGUAAACAAGCUUGGCUUGCCCGCUGCUGUUGGACUACAGCUCCCAUCAUCCUCAGCCUCAAUUUAUUGUGACUGGGAAUGAUGGGAGUUGUAGUUGAGCAACAGCUGGAGCGCCCAGCUUGCCUGCCCCUGUUCUGAACUGACGCACAGUGCUUUUCUUUCCCCUUCAGUUCUGACUGAUGUCCUGCCGCGUAGAAAUGUAUGUAUAUAAUAAUGUAGCAAUGUAAUAAUCCCAAAGUUUUAAACCAUGGCUUUGUGAUUCAUAAUAAAUAUAAUGAAGAUAAAGCUGUACAAUUUUACUGGAUGCUAGCAGCAGAAAGACAGCUGCUCCUAAAAUAUGUAUUGAGACUAGUAAAUACUGUAGAUUUUUAUAUAUAAAAUAUAUACAUGCUAUUUUUCUUAUGUCAUCUUGGACAGAUUUUUUUUUUUAACUGUGUCUUUCCUAUUUUGAUGUGACCUGUAUUUUUUAACAUGUUAAAAAUAAUUAUGAAGCAUAAACUGUCUGGUGUGCCUGUCUUAAACUGUAAAUUUUUAUCGGGUUGUCAGACCAAAUGCCAGAAUUUAACCAUUUUAUCACUGCA